AUGACGGCGUACUUUGCACACGGGAAGUGCUCCAUGUGGCUCGUCAUCGUCGCUGCCAUCGGCAUCCCAUGGCUUGCAAUCGCCGCGCCACAAACUGUUCCCACGUCUCCAACGAAUGUACAGCUGUCGGUUGUGGAUCAAAACGAUCUUUUCGUGUCGUUUGCCCCUCCUCUAAGCGAUGGCGGCUCCACUAUAUCGGCCUACGAAGUGGACUGGGACCCGAAUCCUGGGGUUCAAGAAGUGCAAACAGUCACAACAUCGACGUACACGGGCCCCAACGAAGUUCAAACUGUCAUGACGUCGGCAGCCGACAUAAAUGAAGUCCAAAUCGUGACUACGUCUGCGACCAUGGUUCGCGAAGUUCAAGUCGUCACGACAUCUGCCGCUCCGGGGCAAACGCUGGGUGGAGGUUUCACCCUUCAGCUUGACACAACAGCUACUGGGGGAAGCGUUCGAUUGUCCGGAGUCAUUGGAUUCACGGCGGGGGCUUCUGGUGAUCGGUCUUGCAUGCGCGAAAUCCUGAAUGCUAUGGCCAACAUUGGACCCACCGGCGUAUUUGCGGUCUCUAGAACGGGACCUGAUGCCCAAGGAGGUUACUCGUGGGCAAUCACGUUUGACGCGUCGAUGGGCAAUGUACCUCAGCUGACUCUGCAAAGCUCGACUUUGAUCGGCGCUGGGGCUGCAGUUGCUAUCACGACAACUACCCCUGGCAACGUCAUCAGUGAUGGGUACUUCACGUUGACUGUUGGUGGCAGUACUACAGCCAGCAUUGCUCGCGACGCCAGUAACUCAGCUGUGCAGUCGGCUCUUCAAGCACUGCCCACCGUCGGCGCACUGGCUGUGUCGCGAACAGGCCCUGACUUUCAAGGUGGGUAUGUGUGGAGCAUCACGUUUCUAUCCAACAUGAAUGCGGGCGACGUGCCCCUCAUGGGAAUUGCCCACACGUUGGUGGCGACCGGGGCCAACGCUGUGGUAACGACCGGAACGCAAGGCAACCAGCUGGGCGGGUUCUUUACUCUGUCGUACAACUCGGUCGCGACGUCUCAGUUGGCAUCCAGUACAACGGAGACUGCUGUGAAGACCGCAUUGGAGCUGCUGCCUGGAAUCGGUAGCGUCAAAGUGAUUCGAUCCGGCCCGGAUUUCCAGCUCGGGUACACCUGGACAAUUUCGUUUCUGACGUUGAAAGGACCGGUGCCAGCGCUCGGCUACACAACCAGCACUCUUACCGAGUCUCGCAGCGACGGCGUCGUGUCCAAAGCGAUUACAGUCGUGCGCACCCGUCCUGGAACGACACAAGCCGUACAAACGUUGACAACAUCAACGUCCUUGACGAAUGUACCCCAGUCGAGCAUGUUUCAACUCCAAUUCACAAACAACGGGGUCACUACCACGACGGGAAACAUUCCAGCCAACCCCAUGGGUGACGGGACGUGCAUGGCAACGCUGACGGAGAUCCAACGCAUCAAGACGACCACGGUCGACACCACCAACAUGGGCGGAGACAACAUCGCAUCCUCUCAAAUGUUUUUUCAGCUCGUGUUUACCUCGAACGGAGUGACGCAAACUACAAAUCGUAUCUUUGCCAACCCCAGCGCUGGCAAUUGUGCCGUCGGCGCAACCUCGAUCAAGGCGGAGCUGGAAAAAUUGCCAGGAGUUGUGGCCCCCGUGACCGUCUCGAACAUCGCCACCGUAGCGACCCAAACGUGUCAGUGGGAUGUUACGUUCACCAACAAUGCGGGCAACUUGAACCAAAUGACCGCAGUGUCGGGUGCAAUUGGUCCUGCCAGUGCCAUCACGAUCGGCGACGAUACCGUCACAAUAACGACCGUCCAAGACGGAACGGUUCAAAUCAUCAAGUCUGAAUUGGAAAAGCUCGCCAAUGUGGCGUCGGUCACUGUCACGGCCGUUGCGGGACUCAAGCAAACGUGCACGUGGAGUGUCACGUUCGACAACAACGCUGGAAAUUUGGCGUUGCUACAAGUGGCCAUGGGCGGUGCAUUUGGGAAUUCUGCCACCGCCGCAAGCACGACCGUCACGGCUGCCCUCCUCACGACUGGGACAUCCGUGCCGUUGGGGGGAUUCUUUUCGCUGCAAUUUCGGGGUCAAUCCACGGGGUAUCUACCGUACAACAUCGCGGCAGCGGACAUGAAAAAUGCGCUCGAGCUGCUGUCGACUGUUGACGGCGUGAGCGUUGCGCGGUCCAAUGUUGACCCGAAUGGCGGGUACUCUUGGGCGAUUUCAUUUGUCAACAAUCUGGGCAACUUACCUCCGAUCACAGCAGACUUUGCAGCGCUGACAGGCACUGUGCCGACCGUGACCAUCACGGAGACGAUACCGGGCAUUCCCCCGCCGUUCAAUUCGCGAGAUGUUGCGAACGGAGUGCCAUUUGGUAGCACAUUCAUCGCAGACUUGAGCUCGCUGUCGGCAACUCUGCCGAAACUGGAUACGAACAUCCCGUACUACGUUCGUGUGACGGCCCUCAACGCCAUCGGCCGCAGUGUGCCGCAAAUGGCGACGCCAAAUUUUGCCAUCCCUGCUGCUCAGCCUCCUCGUGGCCCGCAGAACGUCACGUUGUCUGUGUUGGACCAAACGUCGCUCCAAGUAUCGCUGGGCCUUCCUCCGUCAGACGGCGGCCUCCCAGUCGACGCGUACCGAGUUGAGUGGGACACCCAACAAAUUGUGGACGAAGUACAGAGCGUCGUGCUCACAGUGCCGGUGGUGAAUGAAGUCCAGACGAUCACGACUGCAGCCGCCAUUGUGAGUGAAGUUCAACUCGUUCGCCUCGUCAGCACAUACGUUGGACCAGCUGCAACCGAAGUCCAGCGCGUGAACUGCGAUGCGUCUGGGGGAUCGUUUACAUUGGCAUUUCUUGGUGCCACGACAGCUCCGAUCUUGGCAAGCGAGACUUCUGUGGCUGUGAUCAAAGCCACUUUGCAGGAGUUGGUGGGAGUCACAGUGUCUGUCGCGUUUGUGGGUGGGGCCACGCAGGUAUGCGCCCCAUGCCCUGUGUCUGGAUGUGUUGGCGGAUUUGCUAUCACGUUUACGUCCGUUGUGGGGUACGCUGGAGAUUUGCCACUUCUUACAGCCAACACAACACUCUUGACGGGGAAUCGUCGCAUCGACAUUACAAAAACGACCGUUGGCCAAGCUCCACCGGGCGGAACCUUUUCUUUGGUGUACAACCGAGGGUCCGACACAGUAACAGCCCCAAUCCAGGCAACCGCAAGUGCGGCAGCGGUGCAAACAGCAUUGCAAGCUCUCGAAGCUGGGUUGACAAUUGCCGUGACGGACGGAACGUCGAGUCUACCUGCCACAAACAUUGCUGCGGGGGAACGACUGUGGCGCAUCACGUUUCAAAACAGUGGCGACGUUCCAACUCUUCGUUUGGCCAACAACCUCCUCACUGGCAACGGCGCCACUAUCCAGGUGUAUGCCGACGGCGCCACGUUGGGCGCCAUCGCCCCGUCCGUGCGAGGAAAUCAAGUGUAUGGUCAAUUCACGCUCAACGUCAUGGGUCGCGUCACGGACUGGAUCCCGUUCGACGCAUCCGACACAACAAUGAAGCAGCGGUUGGAGAGCCUGCCAAACUUGGGCACGGUGACUGUGGUUCGCACGGGCCCAACGCUCCAAAUGGGCUACGUCUGGACGGUGACGUUUUCCUCCAACCCAGGCAAUUUCCCCUACGGCGCCGGUUCCCUGUUGCUCAUGACGCCCACCAAUACGUCGUUCCUCACUGGCACAAGUACUUCCGCAACUGUCACCCCAAGUCGCGUCACGACGGGGUCGGCGUCGGUGGGUGGAGCGUUUUCCCUUUGCUACUCGUCGCUGUGCACGAGUGCGCUGAGUCCAUACCUGUCUGCAUCCGCCCUCAAAAGUGCUUUGGAAUCGAUCAACUCUAUUGGACGCGUCAGCGUGUCGCGCACACAGAACGUCGAUGGCUUUACGUGGCUCGUUUCGUUUGUGGGUUGUCGCGUCUUGGCCGAUCAAGUCACGAACGUUUGCAACACUGGCAACCUCAGCCCCCUCGUGCCCCAGUUUGUCGGCACGCUGACGGGCGGUGUUGCGAAUAACGCGGUCGUGACCGUGACGGAAGUCACGCCUGGGUCUGGCCCAGCCAACGUCCGUGACCUGACCGACUUGUCGGGUGGGGUACCUCUCGUGACAAGUCUGCAAGGUUUGUCGACGGGACGUUCGUAUUUCGCCCGCGCCAGCUUUCGAAACGCGCUCGGCCAUGGGGUGCGAGUGUACACGACCCCUCCAUCACUCGCUCCUCAAGCCACAGCACCAGGAAAACCAGACCCUGUGGUCCUCGUUUCGAGCACCGCCACGUCGAUGCAAGUAUCGUGGUCCUUGCCGCUUGUAAAUGGCGGAUCGCCUGUGACCGGGUAUGAGCUGUGGCUGUCGGAUUGGAACGACAACUACCGGCUAGUGUACGACGGGGCCAACAGUCUCGCCACAACGUACACGCUCGUGACAACGAACGACAACGAAAUCAGCACAGGACAGCAAUACUCGGUCAAAGUUCGUGCGAUCACGUACUGCCAGCCGGCAAAUCCAUCGGCAGCUUGUUUUGGAAGCUUUAGCGAUGCAGCUACGUACACGGUCCGUGCACCUGUGAUUCCUACAGCCCCUGCUGCACCCACGCGCGACUCCAAGACGAACAUUGGGCUGCCCCUUGUUCAAGGAGAUGGCACGAUCUUCAUCAACUGGAAAGCACCUGCGGACAACGGCGGAUCGCCCAUUACAGAUUACCAGGUCUACAUGGACGCCGGGGCUGGCUUUGUCGUGCAAACGCUGACUGGGACAUUUCCAUACGGGUUUACAACGUCGGUGGGGUCGCUCAUGGAAGGAAACAUGUAUCGGUUUUACGUGCGGGCGCUGAACUCCGUGGGGUACUCUGCCAACAGCCCGAUCUUGACGGUCACGAUGGCAUAUUCGCCGAAUGCUCCAGCUGCUCCCGUGGUCGCGGAUGUGUCACCAACAUCCAUUUCUCUGACGUGGGCUCCGCCUGCGCUGUGCACGUCGAGCCAAACGUCAUGCAGCGGUUCGCCGUUGACAGGAUACCUGCUAUGGCAAUUCAGUGGCGUGAACUCAGCGUUGCUGUCGUCUCCCACACCAGUGCUCAAUGAAGUGCAGCAGAUCGCCAUCAACGUUCUGCCUCCCGCUACCGAAGUCCAAACGUUUACCAUCACUGGGGCGACGGGCAAAUUCAAGCUCAACAUGAACGGCAAGGAUACACCGUUGUUGGACGUGGCGAUUUCGAACACGCUGCUGACCACUCAAAUCGCCACGACGGGGCUUACAGUUGCGGUGAGUCAAGUUGCGGUCACGGGUGGCAUCACGUGGACGGUGUCGUAUACGGGGACUGCAGGACCUGUUCCGAUGCUUAUUGUCGUGCCCGAGCAACUCGCCAAUGCAGUUGCAUCUGUUGCGUAUUCGUAUUCCACGGCUCGGGUCACGGCCGGUAUCACUGUCGCGGGCGGCGACUUCACCUUGUCAUUCCGUGGAUACAGAACUCCGAAUUUGGCUUUCAAUACCCCUUGGGUGGAAUUGAAGCGUCACUUGGAGAACUUACCCAGCAUUACGCAUGUCGCUGGCUCGUACACUGCUGGGUCCAACGGCGCAGGCACUUGGUUGGUGACGUUCCAGACAGAGCUUGGCAACGUUCCAUUUAUCGAGGUCACGUCGGGUCGGCUGACGGGUGGUGGCGCCACUGGAGUGGUCACAGUCAUUCAGGAAGGCACUCCGGGGCAAGCCAUCUACGACGGCACCAACGCACCGGACGUGCUGAGCUACCAAGCGGCCAACUUGACAACUGAUACGUGGUAUUCGUAUGCAGUCGUCGCGAUUAACGCGGCAGGGGCGGGAAUUGCCAGUCCAACCACUCCAUCGAUUGACGCUCGUGGGGGAGCAAGUCCUGCGACAACAACUGCUUCCGGUACUGCGCUGAGUGUUGGCAUUGCCGGCGUCGUGUACGAAGUCCAAACAGUGACCACGAAUGGUCUCGGCGCCGGAACGUUCACACUGAAGUUCGGCACUCUGGCUGCAACGGGUCCCAUUUCCGUGACAACAAGCGCGGACGUUUUGAUUACACUGCUGCAAGCCACGAACAUGGGCACAGUCCACGUUACGAAAAUGCCUGUCAAUGGUGUUGCUGACUCGAUGUGGUACAUUACGUUCCGAGAUUACGUGGGCAAUGCUCCGAUGCUUGUGAGCAGCAGUGCAUCCGUCACAGUGUCCGAGUUCAUUCAAGGCCGUGCCAACCAGUUUACAAUUGAGCCCAAGAAAGCGUCUGGGAACGUCGUGACCGAUUUGGACGCUGCAUCGGGGUUUGUCGGGAGCGACACAUUCUUCACGGAAUUGUGGUCGAGCCCCGCCAAUGUGCUGGACGGGACCCACGCGUGGGUGGCCGACGGCGGCGUCGCCACGUACAACCCCGCUACGUACGAAAUCCAAAGCAUCACAAUCACAGCACCGACGGGGCUGUUCACGGUAAAGCUAGACAUGUCCACGGCGCGAUUGAGUGGGGUCGUUUCAACGUCGACGGUCACCUUGAACGCUGCUACGCUUUCGACGGCCACGGAUGUCAAUGCUGCGUUCUCGUUUAAAGGAUGCGUCGAAGGCUUGACCAACGCAGGGACUGUUCUCGUCACCCGAGUCACCAACAGUGCUUCGUCGUGGACGUACACUGUGACGUUUGUGACAGUGCUGGGAGACAUUCCUUCGAUGAUGCUCGUCAGCUCCGACGCGACAUUUACAACUCCACAAGCUGGCGUGUUGACGUUCACCGAGGUGGCCAAGGGGGCGACGGAAAUCCAGACUGUGACGGUGGCUGGAGACACAGCUUUUGUCCAAGAAGUCCAAAGUAUCUCGACGUGGUUGGAUGCAACGGGCGGAGUAACCACAAUUGGAGGGACGUUUGCCGUGUCGUGGGCGGGCGCACCUCCGGUGACUGUCGCCGUAUCUGCCACGACAACCCAAAUGCAAACUGCAUUGCAAUCCCUGCCAAACCUUGGCACGGUCACUGUGACGUCGCAAAGCGUCAACUACGGAGGCUCGACCGGGCUUACAACGUGGUUCAUCACGUUCACGACCCUCGUUGGUGACGUUCCGUCACUCCAACUCACGGCCAAGACACUCACGGGAACGUCCGCCAACGUGUUUGUGAAUGAAGUCGUGAAAGGGCAGUCCCCCCUGGCGGGAUCGUUUGUCUUGAACUUUAUCGACCAAACGACGUUGAACUUGCCGUACGAUGUGUCGGCACUGCAGCUGAAGACGGAACUGGAAAAACUACCAAGCAUUAGCCAAGUCGACGUGGCCCGUGCCAACAUAAAUGUGGGGUUCAAGUGGACGAUAUCGUUCACACGGAACGUAGGGAACUUGCCGCUGCUUCAAGCAUUUCCACAUCAGUACCAAGUGCAGUCCGUCACGACAGGGGGCGGCAAUCCAACACCACUCUAUGGCACGUUCACGUUGAGUUUUCUUGGCCAAGAAUCUGCCCCCAUUUCGUAUGACGCCAGUGCGAAAGACGUCAAAGCUGCUUUGGAAGCGCUGACUUCCGUGGGGCGCGUCGACGUCACACGUAGCAAUUUACUGAGCCCAGGUGGACAGUUCCAGUGGCUUGUGACGUUCCGGACUGAGCUGGGUCCGAACGCCUUACUCGUGGCAAGCAGCCAGAAGUUGCUCGGGAGCUCCUCAAGUGUGACCGUGGCGGAAGUGCAAUCCGGUUUGCUCAAGGCACUGACUGGCAACAAUCCUGUCCUCACUGUCGAAAAGAAACUGCGAGGCACGCCGAGCUACACUGGAAACUACGUCCCAGCCCUACCUGGCUCGUAUGCGUUGGCGGUCACACAGCUUCUCCCUGGAGGUCUCAAUGCGCUCUACUUCGACAACUUUUGGCUCCAAGACACUCCCGUUCAAAAUCAAAUUGACCCUCGUCUACAAUUCCAGUGGGGCCAAGCCCCAAUCACAACGUUCGGCCAAGACUAUGUCAGCAUCCGAUGGUGGGGGAAGAUUCGGCCAAGUUUCACGGACGAGUAUGUUCUCUACCUGGACGCAUCACACGGCGUUCGUUUGUGGGUGGACCACAUCCUUGUCGUGGACUCGUGGGAGGCGGAUGCCCCGAGCUCCACGACUGUGAGGCUCAACUUGGUGGCGAAUCGGUACCAUGACGUCCGUGUAGAGUUUCACAAAUCGACUGGAAACGCGUACUUGAGCCUUCAAUGGAGCAGUACGUUUGUCCCGAUCCAAGUGAUUCCGUCGACGGCGUUUUAUCGCCCAAGUCACAUUGUGGGCAGUCCAUUUCAAAUGAAUGUCAUCCCUGGUGCGACAGACUUUCCGCACACGACCGCCACCGGCGACGGCCUGCGACGGUCCACGGCAGGCAACGUUGCUACGUUUGUCAUCCAAUCCAAGGAUCAGCGCGGAAACAACAAGACCGGGGAUGGCGACGUGUUUGACGUGCAGCUCGUUGGCACCGUGGGCACAACUGCAAAACUCACUCCAUUCCGCACCCCAGAAUAUUUGGGGCAAGGCCAAUACUUGGUGUCGUACAAAGCCACCGUCAGUGGCACGUACCAACUGUCUGUGCAAAUCGGGGGCACGCACAUUUAUUGUGGAUUGGGGGUCGCUUUGAAGUGCAGUCCGUUUACAGUGGUCGUGACAUCCGGCAAAACCGUGCCCCAAACAAGUACAGCCACCGGAGCAAGUCCUCCAAACAUGGACAGCCUCGUCGAAAUGAUCGCUGGCCAAGCGUCAAAUUUUACAAUCCAAGCCAAGGAUACGUACGCCAACCGACGCGAAGUCGGGGGUGACGUGUUUGAGACUCGAAUCGUGCUCGUGGCCGACCCAACCGUGCGAUACCGAAGCAGCGUGCUCGAGUACCAAUCCAUGGGGCUGUACAACGUCCAAUUGUCCGUGCCCAAAGCAGGAGUGUACACCAUGCUGACUUACUACCAGAAUUCACCGAUCCUGAUGUGCCCUGGUCAAGUGUGCAGUGCUAUCGGCAGCUCGUCAAGUCUGACAGUUGUCCACAAUGUCCUGCACCCCCCCAGCUCGUACGCAGUCGAUUCGGGACCUCAAGGUUUGAGUCUGUCCACAUCGAACAUUCCCAAUUCGUUCUCGAUUUAUGCAUUGGAUUCGUAUGGAAAUCUACGAGUUGGCGCCACAACGCUUCGGUCGCCUUCCACAGGAGAUGGCCGAUCCGAUGCCUUCUUGGUCACGAUUGCAUCUCCGUUGGACACGGUGUACACUUCGUCGGCUGUCCAGGUCUUGACAUCGCCAAACAGUGCACAAGUUGGAUCGUUCAAAUUGACGUAUGGGUCGUUUACCACCGUGCUCUGUGCAGCUUGUGCCCAAAAUUUGGCUGGGAACGUCCUCACUGUCAACGUCAACCUUGUUGGUCUUCUUGCAGUCAACACCAAGUUCACCGUGAACUCGUGUGUCUUGACACCAACGUCAGUCACUUCGACCACGAUCACUGUGAAUGCGAAUCAUGGUUGCGCCGCCUUCAGUGGUGCAGCCGUCGCUUUAUACGUGCCGACGUCAACCCCACGACUCACGGCCUUACUGCCUCAAAACAUCAACGCUGUUGGGAUGAAAUAUGCGCUCGAGUUGCUGGACCCGUCCAACCGUGUUCAAGUGUCUCGCACUCUGAACGGGUCUGGCAAUUACGUGUGGAGCAUCACGUUCCUGUCUCGACUCGACAGCUGGUCCAUUGCCAAGCUGGCUGUCGAAUAUCCCCCCAACACGGCCAGCUUGUAUGCGUUCCCACUCACCGUGUUCACACCAGCAUCCGGCGGGAUCUACCCAGUGAGCUACACGAUGACGGUGGCGGGUGUCUACACGAUGAACAUUACUUCGAAUGGCAUUCACAUUCUGGGCAGUCCGUUCACAAUGACGGUUCGAGAUGCCGUGGUCGACGGAUUCAGUUCGAUCGCUGCCGGUGGCAACUGGUAUGCCCGACCGCUUCCACCCGACUACACACAAAUCAACACCCUCGAGACGUUGCCCGCCACUGCUGGCCAACCGUUUUCAUUCCUCGUUCAAGCCAAGGAUGCCAGGCGCAACGAAGUUCAAGUGCUACGCACUCGUGCAGCUAUCGUGGCCAACGUGAACACUGUCCAGCAGGUACUUCCUCAAGCGUCGUCCUUCACGCUGAGCUUUCGAGGGUCUGCGGCAAUCACUGUCACCACUGGCACGACGUACACUGCGCUGGCGACUGCGUUGGGAAAUAUUGUGACCAUCGGUGCGGGAGGAGUGACUGUGACUGCGGCGACUGGCACUGCUGUCACAAAUGGCCAACCAUUCCUUGUCACGUUCACUGGCCUACCAGGACCCUUGCCUUUCCUCGUGGCCAACGCAAAUGCGAUUGUGAGCCAGAUCACACUUGGCGUGACGUCGUUCCGGCAAGAAAUUCAAACAUUUACUUGUGUGGCUGCGACGCCAGCAACCGCCGGGUCGUUCGAUGUGUCGUACGGAUCACCCACCAACAAAAUCACCGUUCUUGCAACAAGCACUGUUGGCGCAUUUGCGACCCAGGUUCAAACGCUGGUCGGUUCAGCCGUCACUGUGACGACUGAAACAGCAACGACGGCACUAUGUACUGCCGGUGGGAUUCGUUUGUUUAUCCAAUUCACAGUGGCACAAGGCAAUUUACCAGCAUUGACGUACUCUCCAGCGGUCGGCGCAACGAUGACCUUGACGUCUGAAAAGGACGUUGGUGGUGCCUUGGGUGGCAUUGCCCCAGUAUGGGGAACGUUUACGAUGUCGUACGCGGGAGAAACCACCGCCGCAUUGCCAUUCGAUGCAUCUGCGACCGCCGUCGCAAACGCUUUGAACAAUCUUGUGUCCCUUGACGGUGUUGUAGUCUCCAAUGAUGUCUUGGACAUGACGACAGAAGGAGGCAACAACAUUCCUCAAUUCACAUCGUUGUGGGCGAUCACAUUCACUCAAAACUCGGGAAAUAUGGCUUUGCUGACUGUAGACAGCUCAUCGUUGGUCGCAAGCAACAGCGGCCAACUCCAGCCAUCGAUGGAUCUCGUGGAGCUGGUGGCUGGUACUGUUGGCAACAACAGAUCGGACGUAUUGGAUUUGGCUGCUGUCAGCGUGACUGUGCAGCAAAACUACGUGAAUCCUGGAGUACAAGACAUCCAAACCCUCACCUGCGUUGGAACAAGCGCGUUUUCGUUGACGUACGGGGGCACUACCAUCACGGUGGCAGCAUCUUUGACGUUGGCACAGUUCAAAACAAUUCUGUCCCCACUCGUGCCGGGAGGAGUCCUUGUGUCGUCGCCAAGUGCAACGACUGUGUGCCAUCCUUUCUCCCCGUUCCCGGUAGCCAUUACGUUUUUCACUCCCGCACCUGUCCAUCUGUUGAUGUGGGGAGCCUCCACCAACGAAAUUUCAAUCCUGCGCACUCAAACCGGCGUUGCUAGUUCCAGCUCAACUAAGACGAUCGCAAAUGUCGAGCAGCAGACGCUCGUGUGCACUGGGGCUACCGCCACAUUCGACCUGGUGUACGAAUCGGAUUCGAUCAAUGUGGACGCAGCGACAACCAUCAGCCAGCUGGAAGCAUUGUUGAAUUCACUGCCAUCCAUAGUUGCUCUGGGUGGAGUUACUGUGUCGAGUACACAGGCCACGGUGUGUGCCGCGACAACUCCUGCCAACAUUGUCAUCACGUUCAACAGCUUGGGCAAUCCAAACACGUUCCAGGCGAAAAACCUUCGAGCUGGAAUCACGUCGGUGUCGAUCGUCGAGUCGACACGCGGGUUGGACGCGUUGACGAGUGUGUCCAUGGGUCAGUACCAAGUCUGGUUUACGCCGACCGUGUCUGGGCUGUACACUUUUUCGGUUGCGAUUGGUGGCAAGGCAUGCAUGGCCCCAGCACGGAUUCUUGUCGCCCCUGGUCGAUCCAGUGGGCCACACACCACCCACAACUCCAACUCGGUGGCCACCCAAGGCAUCCCAGAGUCCCUCGUUAUUCAAGCUCGUGACGCAUUUCUCAAUCCGCUCUCGAAUAGCGUUGAGUUGGGCUCAGCAGGGUUUAUUGCGUCCCUGGCAUUGGCAGGUCAAACGUUUCCUGUCACGGUGUCUGAGGCAACGCCCAACACGGAUGGCACUUACACCGCGUCGUAUGUUCCCAAAGUAUUUGGCAACCACUCGUUGUCGAUUCGUCAUCGCCUUUCAGGCGGUUUACUCGCCACCUACUUUGCCAACCCGGACUACACCAGGCCAGAAAUUUACUGCGUCAACGACAGAUUGUCCAACACGCAGCACUGUGAUGGCACUCGGAUUGAAGGACCACUCGACUUCACAUGGGGGGAAUCCCAGCCGCCCAAUCUAGUCAACCCGUCGUUUCCGUCCAAGUGGUUCAGUGUAUCGUGGGUUGGUGAAGUCGCAGUCCCUGCCACGGACGACUACACGUUUGUUGUGUCGGCGGAUGGCGAUGUCACAUUAAAACUCGAUGGAGCUGUGCUCAUCCAGCACAUCGGCAAUACCAGUUCUACCACGGACGGAACGACUCGACUUGUGGCGGGUGUAUUUUACAAAUUCUCGAUAAAGUACCGCGCCGGCGCGCUUCCAAAAUUCGGCUUGAGUUGGAGGACUCCAACGCAGCCUCUCGUGCCGAUACCAACAUCGCAAUUGUUCUUUCAUCGACACAUCGACCGCAGCCCCUUCAGUGUGAAUGUGUAUCCUGGCGAGAUGAUGGCCAUCACGAGCUCAGCCUCGUACGUGGCGAAUUCAACAUUCCCCGCCCUUGCACCGGUGACAUUUGUCGUCACGUCGCGUGAUCGUGAGAACAACGUGCGAACCAACUUUGGCCUCGAUCAGCUGGACGUGUCACUCGUUGGCACUGCCGGCUGGGCUGGCAUCGGACGGGUCAACGAAAUCACGUCGUCCACGCCAAUUACUAUCCAGCCAUCGCUGUUGUGUGCUAGUUGCGUCACAACGUUGACCGCGGAUGUCAUCACAUUGAAUGCGGAUGUUUCGAGCCACUUGCUUCCUUCGAUGAGGUUCCGAGUAAUUCAUGCGAACCCAGGCACGACAACGCCGUUGCAGUUGACGGAUUGCUACUUCACCGUAAUGUCCACCACAGCGUUCAACACAGCGUCCAACACUGCCACGGUCACGGUACAGUCGCCGCACGGGUGUAGUUCGUUUGCCACGCAAUCCUUCGCGCUGUCGUUGGUUUUGCCCCUAGAUUGGCGGUAUUUGGGCACCGCCACAGUAACACGAGGGUCGAGUGUGUUGACUGCCACCAGCAGCGACUUCCGAAACGUUCCGUCGGACAAUCCGCUCGUCCGUGGCGAUACCAUCGUCGUGGGCCAAGAGAUUCACACUGUGGACACGGUGCUCGGAGUCUUGGACAACUUGCAAGUGCCUCUUGCAAGCGUCUAUGCUGGGGCGGAUGCCCAGUUUGUCCGUGUGUUCAAGGCAGGCGCUAACACGGGCAAAUAUUUGGUCAACUUUGUGCCGCAAGUCAAGGGGACGUACGCAUUGGAGGUCGCGAUGCCCAAAGUACGAGAGGUUCAAUCCGUGACAACCAGCUCGUCCACGGCACUUGGCGGCUCAUUCACGUUGACGUUUAAGGGCUUGUCGAACAACCAACAAGCGACGGCGACAACUCCUUCGAUUGCAUUUAACGCGAAUGCUGCCGCAAUAAAAGCUGCGUUGGAAGGGUGCUCAAACAUUCCGGUCGGCAGUACGACUGUUGCCCCUGUAGUUUGUAGCGGUAACGACCCGACUCUUGGUUGUACUUGGACGAUUACGUUUGACCGCAGCCCCGACGAAGGCCCUCUGGACUUGCUCGUUCCUCAGUUCACCAAGUCGCUGACUGGCAAUUCCGCAGUUGUGUCCGUUGCACGACUUCGGGCUGGUGUUCCUCGACAACGAUUGAGUGGCUUCCCCUCAACGUUGUCCAUUCGACCUGCCGCGACCAACCCAGCCGUCACAACUGCAUUUGGACAAGGGUUGGUGCGUGCGAUCGCUGGCAACAUGUCGUCCUUUUCAAUCCAAGCCAAGGACACCCACGGAAACAACAAGGAAGAUGCGGAUUCGAGGGAUUAUUUUGAUGUGCGACUCAUUCCUUCCGGAACUGCGUAUUCCGAUGCGGCAAUCGUACAAGGCCAAGUUGUCUACGCUGGCAACGGGCUGUACAAUGUCACUUACACCCCGUACAUGUCUGGGCCGAACACACUGGUGAUAGCGAUGGCCGUGAUUCCUGAAAUUCAAUCGCUCACGCUGGACUUUGCUUCGAGCACACAACAAGCGGGAACGUUCACGCUGACCUUCCCACCCACGAACACGACGAUUCCCUUGGCAUGGGACUCGACCGCAGAUGAAGUUGCAGGCGCGUUGUUGGCCAUCCGCGGCAGACCCGUUGCUGUGUCAAGGACGUCGGUGAACAAUGGGUUUGUCCACCGAAUUACGUUCGUGUCGGACGUUGGGGACGUUCCCCAGUUGAUCGUGAACAACGAUUUGGUGUUUAGCACAGCCUGCGUCGUUGCCACAAUCCAGGACGGAACGAAAUCGCACAUCAAGACAUCGUCAAACAUGGGGCAAGCAAUGGUGAAUGAAGUCCAAGUCAUUCGAGUGGAGUCUGGUGGAGGUACUGCAUUGACGGGUGGCAGCUUUACUGUGACGUGGAAUGGUUUGACCACGGGCCUUAUUCCGUACAACGCCAACCCUGGAGCGGUUCAGACCGCGCUGCAGCAACUUCUAACGGACUCUUCCAUCCGCGUCUCCGUCUCGGCAUCGACGACUGCGUUUGGAUUCGAGUGGGUCGUGACGUUUCUCGGGUCCCUUGCUGGCACGGCACAGACCCAAUUCUGGUCCUCGGCGAAAUACUUGCAAGGCCAGUACAUCCAAUCAACAAGAAUGGUGGGAAACCUUCCUGUCAUGUCAGUUGCUGGCGUCGGUUUGACGGGAGGUCUCAGCCCUCGAGCUUUGGUGUUUUCAGAUGGCAUCGUGUCUUCCAAUGGCAUCACAAGUGUUGCAGGGUCGUCUCCCUUUGUCGUGGCAGUGGACCCCGGAACCCUUGUGGCAAACCAAACAACAGCAGUCGACUCAGCGGUGCAAUACUGGCCCGGGUCUCUCAGCUCUGUGGGGAAGCAAGGGCUGUCCACCGGAGCGUACAAUUCGUUGUCAACGUUUUUGAUCGAGCCGAGAGAUGUGCAUGGGAACCUCAUCAACGUUCGCACGCCACGCCCCGAAGUGCAGAUCAUUGAAACGUACAUUCAAGGAGACAAUGGGCUUGGCACAUUGGGUGGCACGUUCACCAUUGGAUUUGGGGGCGCCACAACGCCUGCGUUGCCAUGGAACGCAGGCAUCAACGUGGUGCAGUCGGCCUUGGAUAAACUCGACACGAUUGGCGACGUCAUGGUAUCGACAAAUUCGGCUCAAACGUUGGUCAAUACUGUGAGCGCGACGUACCUUUCGGACACGCUGACGACGCCCGACUUGACUGCGUCGUACCAAGUUGGCGACUGGAUCCGUCUCGGCUCCACGUCGGGCCCUGUCUUUACGAUCGUGAGCAUCUCCACUACCACCAUCUUGCUCUCAUCUCCGUACCUGGGAUCCACGAACGCAGCUACCAACGUGUACAAACAGACUGUGGUUGGAUUCAUGUACAUUGUUACGUUUGACUCGAACGUGGGUGACCUUGCAUCCCUUACCGCGGAUGCUUCCCAACUCACCGUCACCGGCGGCACGGGCACAGCAAUGGCCACAGUUACCGCGUGUCAAGCCCGUCAGACUCAAGUCAUUGCUACGUCGGCUCAAUCGUCUAUCGGGGGCACGUUCUACGUAGCGUUUCACAACGCUCGGACAGCCGACUUGCCAUUUGGGGUCACGUCGUCAUCGCUGAAAACUGCUUUGCAACAAUUGCCAGACAUUUACGCAGUCGACGUCGCGGCCCCGGUCGCCGGACCGAACAAUGCGUUUUCGUGGACCGUCACGCUUUUGUCCGUGGACGGGGAUUUCGACAUGUUAUAUGCCGAAGGCCAGCUGCUGACGGGGUCUCAAGUUGCAAUCACAGUCACGGAAACGUGCCCGGUUGCUGUCGGUGGUGGCGUCAGCUCGCAGUCCGGAUUGCUUGGAGAUUACUUCGUGCCACGAAUCUCUGGAGCGGCCACGGUAACAGGGUUUGCCUCGUACUCGAGUCCUGGACAAUACGUCGGUGCUUAUUUGACCCCACGAACCGGAACGUACCAGUUGGACGUUGUUCACGCGUUUCCUAACGGGUUGGUUGGGUCGUAUUACAACAACCGGUGGUUGAUGGGAGACCCCGCAAUGACGCGUAUCGAUGCAGUCGUCAAUUUCAAAUGGAAUGAGUUUAUCACUCCAACGGGCAAAGACUAUAUCAGUGUUCGGUGGCAAGGGUACGUUCAGCCAGCGUUCUCGGAAGAGUACACGUUUGUCCUAAACGUUGACGACGGUGCGCGGCUGUGGAUUGACCACACGCUUGUCUUGGACAAGUACGACGUGACGACGGCAACGCCAGUGCAAUACUCGGCAACACCGAUCUUGUUGGUGGGAGGUCGCUUGUAUGACAUCACUAUCGAAUACCGGGAAAAUACUGAUGCGGCCACGUGCGUGCUGCUGUGGACAAGUGCAUCGCAAGAUCUGUCUGUUGUCCCCACGCAACGAUUGUUUUACCCUGACGGGGCGAUCCAAAAGAGCCCCUUUGCCAUUUCUCCUUUUGGUGUGCAUCCUACAGCUCCGUUGGCACCGACGCUGUCUAUACUGGACUACCAGUCGCUUCGCCUGAGCUUUCUCCCACCCGCUGACGAUGGAGGGGCGAUUGUCGACUCGUACCGUGUCGAGUGGUGGGAGCCUUUGCUGUACGGAGCACCUGCGCAACAAACGCUGAAGAUUGCCACGUCCGUAACAGGUGGAUCGUUCACGCUUUCGAUGGGAGCGGGAACUACUGGCCCCCUGGCGUAUAACAUUGUCUACUCCGACUUGGAAAAGGCUAUCGAAGCAUUGGCCGACACCGGAGACUGCACUGUCACCAUGACAACCACUGGAACGACGAGAGACUACCUCAUUCUGUUCACGACCAAAGUUGCCCCAGUGCCGAUAUUGAAUGUUGACGGCGCCCUUUUGACUGGCACGACGGUCAUUGGUAUUUGCGCAAACGGCGCAACUACAGUGAACGGUUCCCCCAGCACAAUUGCAAGCAAUGUCAUCACAUGCGCCGCGGGGGACAGUGUCCUUGGCACGGCGGUGGUUGCAGGAUCGAAAACCGAUGUCUCGCUGAUGAUUGAACCUGGCGCUCCAUACACAUACGAUAUAUCUGGCCUCACUCAGUCUGCUUUGGCCACACCUCCAACAAAACGUGGCGAUUGUGGAGUAAAUGGAGGGUAUUCCGUCCGCGUGACUGCCCAUACCAGCGCAGGUUAUGGCGUGCCAUCCGUGGUCACUCAACUGAAGCCCAUGGCAGUCCCGAGUACUCCAACCUCGGUUGUGUUAAAUUUGGUUGCUGGCAAAGCCACAGCAUUGCGAUUGUACUGGGCGGCGCCAGCCACGAACAACGGCGCCGUCGUCACAAACUACAUGGUGGAAUGGGACACAAUCCCAUCGUUCAACGGGUCAAUUCAGCAAUACUCCAACACGCCAGCGUAUUUUGCGGCCCAAGUUCCAGCAUCCACCAAGAUGAAGUACACCAUGCAGGGGUUGACUCCUGGCGUGCUCUACUACGUCCGCGUUCGAGCAGAAAACAUCAUGGGACUGAGUAGCCCGAUCGCAACGCCGCUCACGGAGACUCCUCGAUUGCAUGCCGACGUGAUCGACGUCGCUGGGGGGGUGACGUUGAGCGCUCUCGAAGCGAAUGGCUUCCACUCUGUCUUGGACGCGUCCACAUCACUUAUGCUGUCAUGGCUGCCCACAGUUAACCCGCAGGGUAACCCUGUUACGAAGUAUUUGCUCGAGUGGUACGAGGCAGCCGGACCUGGGACGCAAGAAGUCCAGGUGCUCAAGAUCUUUGACACUCUCAACGCCCAAGCUGUCACAGGAUCGUUCAAGCUCACGUAUGGCCAAUGCACAACGGAUUUUCUCGCCGUCGACAUCUCGGCAGCGGAUUUGUCUGAAGCUUUAGCCAGCUUGACGUGUUUGCGAAGCGUCCAGGUCGUGCGUUCUGGACUAACGUCCGGAGGCUACCAGUGGAGCAUUUCGUUUGUCACGGAAACUCCCAACGGAAUUGUGUUUUCCGUCGGUGCCAACGACUUGUCGUCACCGAACUUGGCAUUCGAUGUCGGAGCCAAUCUCGACCCUGCACACGUUGGAGCCUCCUCCAUCACGGCAGGAGUGACACAAGAUUCCACCACGGUCACGUCUGUCGGCAUCCAGACGAGUGCCGUUUCCGGCAUGUACUUGCAAAUCGCGGGCGUUGUGUACAAAAUUGCAUCUGUCGCAACAAACCAAGUGACUUUGGCGUCUCCGUACCGUGGUGCGACCAGUGCCAGCCUCACUGCCGUGCUUGGCACAACAGUGCCAGGCGUGGCGCCACCAACGCUUCAGAGUGUCGAAGUCCCGGCCGACAUCAACGCCACAGGACCGUUCUCCUACCAUAUUUCAAAUUUACGACCAGGGAUCCCCUACGUCGCGCGUGUGUCGUGCUAUAACAACCGAGGAUACAACGCUCCAACACUGUCUCAACCGACCGCUCCGCCGCAGCAACCUCCGUCCAGGCCCCUGCAAGUCAAGGUUGUCACUGGGUCAGCGUCGACAUUGACGGUGUACUGGUCGCACCCUCAAAGCGAUGGCGGGAAUGCCAUUUCCAAGUACCGCAUCGAAUGGGACACCAAGCCAACGUUCAAUGCAGGACUGGAUGGCGGAUCCCUCGGGUCCGACAUUGUGUCGGUCGUGGUCCCUGGCGUGGAUUGCGUGUUGACGCCUUGCCAGUCCAUCGUUGGGAGUUUGGUCAAGGGCACGCCAUACUACGUACGCAUUUACGCGUACAAUACAUUUGGGUACUCUAGCGACGCCGGCGUCCCGUCGCCGCUGUCGACGAUUCCUCAAACGUUUGCAACGCCGCCGUCGUUGGUGCAGUUGAGUCCUGGCGACAACGCAACGCUGGUCGUUUCGUUCUCUACGCAGCACGACAACGGUGGGGCACCGAUCACAAAGUACAAGAUUGAAUGGGACUGCAUGGAUCAAAGCGCGAUCGCUGCGACGCCGGGUCUCGUCACGUCCGACUUGCUCUACGUUCGACAGGCGGUUCAGCGAAUUCUUGUCUCUGCGUCAGCAUUUGAUUUGGGCGGGACCUUCCGUCUUGGCUUUGGGGGUGCGGUCACCCCCUGGCUCGCCUACGAUAUGACUGCCUCACGUAUGCAGCAAACGCUUGAAAGUCUCGACACAAUUGGGUCGGUACGCGUCCAACGCAAUGCAGUCGGCAACGGAUUCGAGUGGCUCGUGACCUUCCUGACAAAUCGGGAGAACCUUGCGCACAAUGGCGACAUUCCGGUUCUCGUGGCGUCGAUCUUGACCACUGAAAACUACGCAACAUUUGACGUGACAAAAACCACAGGAGUUGGAGCGACUUUGACGGGGACGGGUGCGGCCAUCUCGAUCUCGACCAACGUUGCAGGAUACAACGGUUUUGAAGAGCAGAGCGUGAUUGUGGCCACGAAUGCUGGAAACCUCCAAGGCACAUUCACGCUGACGUUCGAUGGCCAAACGACCCUUCCACUUCCGUACGACGCGACGUCGUUGGCUGUCAAGUCAUCGCUCGAAGCCUUGGGGAACACAGGCACCGUUUGGGUCACUCGUUUUGCUAGCGGUUUGGGCAUUACUUGGAACAUUAUGUUUUUGACCCGACUCGGAAGUGUUCCGCUCAUCGUUGUCGGCAGCACUGGCCUGUACUCGUCCAAUCCAACGGCCGCCGUGUCCGUAAAUGUACUGGAAGUGCCAGGACGACUGCCAGCCAUGAGCAGCUCGUUGUACGGUGCGCAAGUUGUCACGGUGUCACCUGACGCGUUGCAGCCACGGGUAGAGUACAAGAUCCCGUCAUUGCUUGUUGGUGCGUUCUACUUUGUGCGCGUGUCGGCAUGGAAUGGGUUUCAAAACGCGUUUGGCAGUGCUCAGUACAGCACGCCGCCAAUCGAAGCCCCUCAAUGGCCACCCGGGCCGCCGCAAAACUUGGUUGUGGAAGCAAACUCGACGUCGACCUUGGCUGUGUCGUGGGCGCCCCCGUUGUUUGACGGUGGAUCCAUUAUUCAAGGGUACACUGUGGAAUGGGACACAACUCCAGGGGUGUACGAAGUGCAAUCCGUUGUUGUGAAUGCGACCGGAGCGGUGUCUGGGUCCUUCACGUUGGCUUUUCGAAAGUACCGCACAACAAAUAUACCAUGGGACGCCACGGCCGAUAUGGUGGCUGAUGCACUCAAUGCACUGCCGAGUGUGGCUGGUGUUAGCGUCACCCGUGGAGCUCUUGUCUCGUUUGGGUACGCUUGGACAGUCACGUUCAACGCAAACCCUGGAAAUUUGCCGCUUCUAUCGGUGCAAUCGUCUAGUUUGGUAGGUCCCGCAGUAUCUGCCACCGUUGCCGAGAUCACUGCCGGAACGAAUCCGCCAUUCAGCCCCCUCACCAAAGGCAGCAUCGUUGUGGAGUCUCAAGCUGAAGUGCAAGAAGUGUUUGCCCAUGCAGGUGCUGCAGAUCUAGGGGGAACGUUCAACUUGGUUUUUUCAGGUGAAAGUUCGGUCGACAUUCCCUUUGACGCUUCCGCCGACGUUGUGGCCAAAGCGUUGCAUGGCAUGUCAACGGUCUCGGCAGUCACAGUGACGACCACCGACGAGACGCAGUCGUCGAUUUUGGCUCGGCAAACGUAUGGUCGGAAGUGGCGCAUCUCGUUUUCCAGGUCGGAUGGAAACGUGCCGUUGCUACUGGCUACGACUGUGGCUGGUCGAAUCCCCCGACGGCUUGCGUGUGGUGGCUCAUUGACCGGAACGACGCCGUGUGUGUCCAUUCGACAGGUGGUUCAGGGAGGCAUUCCCGUCCAGUACAUAAUCCCCCAACUCCGCACUGGGACUCCGUACUUCGUUCGAGUCCAAACCCAGACACGUUUCAGUACGAGUGCGUUUCAGUUGAAUGCGUUCAACGUCGCUCCACAACUCGUCGCCCCGUGGCCAGUGCUCAACGCUGAGGCAUCAAUAUUAUCCAGCACUCAACUUGCCGUUGCGUGGGACGCCCCUCCUGACGCGACAAUCGCAAACUACAAGCUGCAAUGGGACGUGUCGCCGUCGUUUGGAAUGACUUCGACCACUUCUGGAUCGGCCACAAUUCAAGCCGUGUCUCAAAAACCUCGAUACACUUACGCAAUUUCGGGCCUCUUGGCAGCCAACUCUUACUACGUGCGUGUCAUGUCGUACAGCGCUGGGGGCUUCAGUGACCCGACGACGGCAGUUCCAUACUACGCCAACAAUCGCGUCACGCGGGUGGUCGUGAGCCACGCCAAUAUCAACGGCAUCCUCGCGGCAGCGAUCCAAACGUUCACGUUUACGUUUGCCAAUUAUGCCACGGCAACUUCUGCUGUACCGAUCAACGCCCGUGCCGACCAGAUCCAAGCGGCGCUGCAGUCGCUUGUGCACGUUGGCGCGGUGUUUGUGACCCGGCGCGAUCACUCCACUGGGCCGUUGCUCGCGACUGUCGAUGCCACGGGUGUCGACACGGACGGUUUCCGCAUCGAGUGGUUCAUAACAUUUGCCACAUCGUCCGUGGACAAUAUCGCGCCAAGUUCUCUCGGCGCCUUGUCUGUCAUGGUGUCAGCGGGAGUCGUUGCUGCUACAGACUUCAACAUUGCCGACGUUGUGGCUGGGAGCGACCCGUUGCCGCUCUCAAUGACCCCACGCGCCGCGGCACCUGAUGUUCCACUCAGUGUCACAGUGACGGUGGUGUCCAGUACGACCUUGGGCGUGCAGUGGCGGCCUCCGCAAUACGUCACUGGCAUCACGAAGUAUUUGAUCGAAUGGGAUUUGGACUAUCAGAUCAUGUCUCCCGUUCAAGUCGGCACCACUUUCACCAAUGCUCAUGCGUUUAGUGCGGUUGUGGACGGGUCGACCACGAGCUUUUUGAUCCCUGGUCUCACAACAGGUGCCACGUACUACGUUCGCGUGUCUGCUUACAACGGACAAAUUGCCCCGUCCGCCAAGGGCUACAGCUCAGCAGUCGUCGCGACCGGUAGCCCAAUCGUUCCAACGGCGCAAAGUCCAUACAAACCCACGAAUGUUGCUGUGACUGUGAGUCCGCUCAACAUUGCGACGCAGUUGGAUUUGUCGUGGAAGGAGCCAACACUGAAUGCCUUGGGUUUUGCGCAAGGUGACGGCGGCGCAUCGAUCAAGGCGUACAUCGUGGAUGUCAGUACGCAGUCAGAAUUCGCAACAUUUCAGUCGUAUCCUGUUAGUACGUACGAUGGUGCUGGAGCUGUGACAUCCUGCGCAACGACCGCGUGCCACUUUCCCAUUGGCAUUGAAGUCCAAACGUUAGUCGUUGCCGCGACGGCUGGGACAUUCCAGUUGGUCCAUACGUCGACUUACCCCUUGUCCCUUUGCGCUGCUUGCACCGUGACUCUGGACCCUGUUCUGAAUCAAAUUACGUACAACGGCCCGGACCUGCGUUCUCAACUAGGCACAAACGUCAAGUUUAUCGUCGACAAGGCUGGCGCUGCGUGUGCAUUCACGGUGGCGGCGGUCGCCGUGUCUCAAGCCAAUGUUGUCAAGGUGCUGCCUGGGUUUUCAUGUACGCUGACAACUGGCACGUUUUCCAUCCACGCGCAGCCGACAACGGCGUGCUUGGCAUCAUCGACGCUAACAAGCGCAGCGCUGGAAACCGCCCUCACAUCACUGACGAACAUCGAUGCGGUUGUUGUUACAAAAGAACCUGGGCCUGCGUUCGGUGCGACCAUGUACCGCAUAACGUUCACCGGCGCCCUUGUCACGGGCAAUGUGCCUCAGCUGCAAGUAGCUUCCGUGGAUGGCUCUGGUGGCUGCACAGCGCUCACUGGAACUGUUUGGUCGGGAACUGCGAUUGAAGGAGGAACUUUGGUCCCUGGCGGGUCGUAUUUCGUUCGCGUGUCGGCUCAAAAUGAUGUCGGGACUGGUGUACCUGAAGUUGCAAUGCCCACGCUUUGCCCCGGCGGGUGCCCUGCAGACAAAUCCAUUGUCCCUGUCGCGCGGCCUCCCCCUCCAACAAACGUGCUCGUGUUUGCCAAACCAACGGAUCGUUCGGUGCUGCGGCUGACUUGGAGCCCUCCGACGACUACGAAUGGUUCACCUGUUUUGGCAUACUUUAUCGAGUACUCUGUGGACAGUUUUGCCACGUCUGACGUGUGUGGCGCGUGCGUGACAGCGCUGGCGUCGAAUGUGCUGACGAUCAAUGCCCAAGUCACGACACUUCAGGUGGGAGACAUGUUCCGCCUGGAACGCCCCGUUCCGUGUAUCAUGGUGGUGGCGGCCGUCCCGACGUGGAAUGGAGCCACAGGAACAGUACCAGUUCAGCCCAACCAUGGUUGCUUGGGCUUCACAGGUCAAACAGUGUUCAUGACCGACCUGCAUGGCGCAGGUAGUGGACUUGUACAAGUGCCAGUAGACACGUUGACCACGCCCUUUUCUGUCGAAGUCACCGCGGCGCCAAACACUGCGUACAAAGUUCAAAUGCGCGCGGUCAACGUGAUUGGCGUUGGUAUUGCAGUUGCGGCAACUCCCACUUGCGACAACACCGUCGUCCAGUGUGUGGCUUCGCCUGGGGCGAACGUCAUUGUGACAAGGCAGCUGCCGGCCGCUCCGACCCUGCUCUUGCCAAUGCAGUUGGUAUCUGGCAGCGGCAACGCGAAUGGUUUCACUCAAAACACGCUCGACGUCCUCGUCCGCGAUUCCUCGUACUGGCAUGGCCUUGAAGCAGUCGACAGGUUCCUUGUUGAAUGGGACACCACGUCAACGUUUGAUUCGACCAACAAGGGAAGCGUCACGCUACAAGCCACUGGGCCGACGUCCCGCUACACGUUGACGCCGAUCUGUGCCACGUGUGUGACGACACUGCAGACAAGCAUGCUCACAGUCUCGACAACCACGGCAGGUUUGUUUGUUGGAAGAAGGUAUACGAUCGCGGCGGGGUCGCUCAAUUGCGUCGUCGAAGUGGCCACCAUCAACAGUGCCACACAGGUUGCCGUGCAGCCAGGUUACACGUGUUUGGACUUUACAGGUCAAACGUACGGCCUCGGUGAGAACGAUUGGAUUGCUACGACAGUCCCAGCGCUCAUGAUGGGCUCGCAGUACUUCAUUCGUGCGACCGCACACAACUCACUCGGGAUGGGCACCGUCGCGGCAUUUCAAACCAUUACCCCCAGCGUGACGUCGGAUCCCCCCACACAAGUGCAAGUGGCUGCGCUGGACUCGUCGGCCUUGGCAGUGGAUCGCACGACGUCGCUAGUUGUGACGUGGAUGCCACCAAACACGGUGCUGUCGACAGAUGUGAAUGGUGACGGCGGCGCGCCCAUCACGCAAUACGUGGUUGAAUGGAGCACUGCAGACUGGAGCACGUUUACGUCGACGGUCCAAACCAUGACGACCGCGUCUUCGGGCGGAACUUUGACUGGCAGCUUUCAAGUCCAACUCGACACCACCGCGUGCACGCUGUGCAAAGUCAAAUCAGUGGCCGUGAGUUCGGCAAUUCCAGCCGAUGCGUCCGUGGGGGUAGUGACCCAGAUCCUGCAAAACAUGCCCAACAUCGGCCAAGUCGUCGUCACCACCACUGGUCUCUCGGGCAACAACGAACAGACGUGGAGCGUCACGUUUGUUUCGGACGUGGGAGUUGUCCCGAUGUUCACCCUAGCAUCGAAUGCCUUGACUGCGCUCAACGGUGUUGGAACGAUUGCAUUCGCCAAAACGAAUGGGAAUCUCAACGGCAAUUCGUAUUGCAACGCCAACGUGUGCAAUACCGUCGCUGUGACAGCAUCCACGGUGUAUCCGAUGCAGAGCCGCAUCUCGGGGCUCGUGGCCGGCACCUCGUACUACGUUCGCGUGUCCGCGUACACAGCUCGGGGCAACGGACUGUUGCGGCUUUCGGCGCCGACCAGUUUCAUGGUGCCGUAUGGUCUUCCAUCUCCGCCAGCCAGUUUCGACAACCUCGCUUCCCCGCCUGUGCUUUAUGUCACGGGACCAACGUCACUCUUGGUAUCCUUCCAACCCGCGGCGUUCACGGGUGGCGCACCCAUCAUUAGUUGCACGGUCGAAUGGGACUCCACGUCAGCAUUUAAUAAUGGGCCGUCCGGGACGCCGCUGGGCUCGAUGACGUUGUAUGGAACGAAUGCAAACGGAGCGGAGUACUCGAUCGAGUCGUUGACUGCGGGGCAGACGUACUUUUCGCGGGUGUUUUGUUCGAAUAAUCAACUUGGCGCCGGUCCUCCUGUCGCGACGGCACCUCCAAGCGCUGUGCCGCGGCAAAAGCCGCCCGCUGUCGACACGAUCACGUUGUCAGGUGGUGUCGACACCACUGGAAAGUCGAUGGUAGUGACAUGGAACACGCCCACAAGUCCCGGGAGCAGCAUCCAAGGAUAUUUGGUCGAAUGGUUUACCAAGGCCGUGGCCGUGCCGUACUUUGGCAUUCAAACGCAGCAGAUUUUGACAUCGACAGGCACGAUCACAGGAGGGAAGUUUACCGUGGCGUUUGGCCCGACGAACGUGCCGUUGCCAGGUGUGGUCAAUGCGGUCAACGGCCAGAACUACAUCACGACGUCGGUCGACUUGACGGGAAUUUUGCAGCGUGGGGAUAUGGUCUCCAUCAAUGGUUUGACGUAUUUGGUGGCUGCGAAUGGCAUCUUUUCUGCAUCGAGCUUGCCGUUGGCAGAUGCUACAGCAUGGCUGAACCAAGCUCAAGCUGCUCUUGCAAUCACCCCUGCAGCCUACACUGGAAACACCGUCCAAGGCGCUGUGUUGUACCGCCAGCAUCGAACUCAACGAUUGACGGCAAACGUCCUGCCAACUGAUUUACAAGUUGCCCUCGAAAACCUGCCCAGCAUUGGUCGCGUACGCGUAUCACGUACUGGAUCGACCAACAACUUUGUGUGGACAGUGACGUUUUUAAGUCAAUUGGGUCCGCUCAGCUCUCCAAAUGUGCUUCGAGUGAACUCGUUGGCGUUGGUGGGCACUGCUCCCAACGUUGUAUCGUCAACUGGCGUGACAGGAGUUAGCCCACCCAACUACAGGAGUCAGAGCAUCCCGUUCACGGCCAACUCAGUCGUCCUCACCGGUCUGACCCCAGGGACUCCGUAUUUCGUGUACGUCAAAGCUGCCAACGACCGAGGUUACGGCAUGUAUGGUGUUCCGUCACCGCCGUCGUACACCCCAAUUGGCAUUCCUGACAUGUUGGAAAAUGUGUGGCUACGAUCGCUCAGUCAAACUCAAGUCGAGUUAACCUAUGACGAAGUGGAUGUGUCUGGUGGAGCUGCCGUGGACAAAUAUUUGGUCGAAUAUGGCAACGACCCAACUUUCCAGGUCGCGACGGCGCUCCCUCCCCUUUUGCCCCAGAACAAAUUUGUGCGCGUGACCACUGCCGCUGCGCUUGGACCAAUCGACCCCACGAGCUUUUUCACGCUGUCGCUGUCAAAUUACUAUGGCAUGUUCAACGUGGACCUCGGGGGGUAUUUCAACCUGCUCACGAACAGCUUUUUCAUCACUCAAGCGAACCCUGUUGGCGUUGCCGCGGUGGAUUUGACCAAACUGGUCGCCCGGGGGGAAUUUAUCAAGAUUGCAAACGAAGAAUAUCGAGUUUGUUUGGACCCAACCACGUCGUACGCUGUGCCGGGAGUGACAGUGACGCAAUUCGACUUUGGGGCCAAUAUCAUGACUGUGACGCCAGCGCUAAACAACCAUCUUGUUCUUGUGGUUGGAACAAGCAUUGUUGUCCGCGACUGUUUGAUGGUUAUCACGGGACUUCCCACAGCGACGACGAUCUCUGUGUCGCACCAGUGUUUCGCCAACUUUGGUCCCGGGGCGACGGAUCCGCUCUACGUGCGUUGGGGGCCAAGUGCCAUCCCGAUCUGCUCCAAGACGAAUCCGUGGGCGAUCGCAACGUACACGGGGUACUCCAUCUUAGAAAUGCCACUUUUCAAGUUGGACACCGCGCUUGGUCCAUUCACCAACUUGGACGCGGCUCUUGCGUCGGGCAAUGCGCUACAAGGACAAUGGAAUGACGUUGGUAGCACUCUAAACACGAUCUCAAGCUUAGGGUGCAGGGACUACUUCCGUCUUGGAGAUCCCUACACCGGACAAAUCGCACGGGUAUGGACGCCAUGUGUGGGUACGACGUGCGCCUGCGCUGGCCUCACAGCGUCCGUCCUACCACUCGGCGACAUCGCUUCGCCGCAUCUGGCGUCCAGUCUCUCAUACGAGACGUUGCAAUAUGCGACCCAAGAAAUCCAAACGAUCCGCAUUUCGACAGGAGCAGGCGAUUUUACCACAGGUGUCGGUGGUUUCCGACUUCAAUUUGGAGCGGAUGUGACCGCCACAACGUUGGUCGGCGGUAAUGGUGGUGCCAACGUGAAUGCCCAGUACGGCUGUCUCUUGUGGGCAUCGGGGGUGACAGCGCAAGCCGCGCUGGCCGACAGCGCUGCUCUCAAAGCCGAGUUGGAAACGUUGCCGUCGAUCGAUCAAGUCCAAGUCAGCCGCACGCUGUAUUUGAACCCAACCGUGGCUGUGUACACCAUUACGUUCACGGGUGUUCGUGUCCGAGGGAAAUUGCCCACAUUGCAAGUUGUCGACCAGGGAUCGAACGGUUGUGGGGCGUUCACGGGUGCCACUCCGGUCGCGCCAGUCGUCAACAAGAUUCAAAACUCGUACGUGAACGCGUAUCGACUCGAAAAAUCCAGCGAUAUCCCUGUCACAGCGACUGCGCAAGAUGUCAAAGCUGCGAUUGAGCAGCUGUCACUGUCAUGCAAGGUGGACGUCUCGCGGACGGUGGCCAAGAACGGGUUCCACUGGUUCGUUACGUUCACGCAAGGCGUCCCUGUGCAUUUGCUCACGUUUAACUCCAACGACUACAAGUUGCGCGCGACGUUGGCUCCCUUGGCAACAGUCACGCGGAUGAAUCAAGUCAAGUUGAACGUUCUUAACAACGGCCAAAGCGUGUACGCGCGUGUGGCGGCGCACAAUGUCGCUGGAUCUGGCGUCCUGACUAUUCCUACGCCGACGUCGGUGCAGGCGACACACCACGUUCCUGGUCUUGUGUCGAACCUUCGUGUGGACGUGGUGUCGGACACGCAGCUCCUCGUGCAGUGGCAAGACCCCGUCGACACCGGGGGACAAAACGUCACGAAAUUCAAUGUCGAAUGGUACACCGGCGCGACCAAGGGCAAUCAAGUGGUCAAGUGGACGGAUUCCACUGGGAUGAAUGACGUCGAAGUCAUUUCCGUGUCGGCGCCGUCAGUUGGCGCCUUUCCUUACUUGGACGGGACGUUCCAAUUGAUGUUUGACAACCAAGUGACGGACGAGCUUCCUUUUGACAUUUCGGCGAUCAAGCUCCAAGAAGCGCUCCAAGCACUCUGCACGAUCGAUGCAGUGGAGGUUACCCGUGAAUUGGGACCCAACGGCUAUACGUGGCUAGUGACGUUUGCCCAAGUCAUGUACGCGGGCAAUCAGUUCACUCAGUACGCGUCGUUGCUUCAAACUCAGGUCGGUCAUCGGUUGUCCGUCUUGAGCAACAAUCUGUUGAUGUGUUCGGACAUUGCUCGAACGAAUUGCAAACGGGAGACUGUCAACGGCGCCCAAGUGAUCUCGCCCACGGCAGCGACGGGGGCAGUCCCCGAGGUCCAGACUGUACUGUGUACGGCAGGACCUGGUCGAUCCUUCCAGCUCAACUACAUGGGCUACACGACGACGUCGAUUUCAUCCACAGCAACGUUGGCUCAAGUCACGUCAGCCAUCGCAAGCCUGCCGUUUGUCCAAGCAAGUGUAUCGUUCAGCAAUGGCCAAGGCAGUGUUUGUGAUGCCACAACCCCCCAAGCUGUGCGAAUACAAUUCAACUCGGAGAUGGGCGACAUACCAUUGCUCACGGCUUCGGGUGCAGACGUCGGAGUGACUGUGACGAUAGCCCUGUCGGAAACCACCAAGGGUCGGUUCCACCACCGAAUUGGACUCGCGCCUCGCUCGUACUUGAUAUCAGGCCUGACCCCAUCGGUUGCGUACAAUGUGCGCGUCGCUGCGUAUAACAACGUCGGCUACGGUGCAUUCGUCCCCGCACUGACCACGUAUAUUCCCGUGCCGAGAGGUCCCAUGGCACCAGCGUCAGUGCAAAUCAUGGGGCAAACGGCGGCAUCGUUUGGCGUGGUGUGGGAAGAGCCCGUCAGCGACGGUGGCAGCACAGUCACCGACUACACGGUCGAAUGGGACCACACGAGGACGUUCCGCAGCAGUUGCGGAGACAACGCCGAAGUUCAGUACCUUUCCGUCCAAGGAGUGCCUCCCCUGGUCGGAACGCAACAAUUUCAGUUGGCAAUUGGCACGACCGUCGUGGGAUGCGUAAACUGGGGCAUCUCGGCGACAGAUCUGCAAACGCUGGUUCGGUCCGUCGCACGAUACAGUGCCGUCACGGUCGUCCAGCACGGUGAUGAUUCGGCCGAGUGGAAUUACGGCCACAUGUACGAGUUUACCUUCUACGCGCCGUUGACGACGGCACCAUUGGAAAACGUGCCGACCAUGGUGGCCACCCUUGUCGCGGGAUGCAACAGCUUUACUGGUGGCACCAUAUCCGUCACGACAAAGACAUUUGGACCAGGGUUGGACGACCUUCAUGGUGUCGGCCGCCAAACUACCACCGACAACGCAUGCAACGCAUUGUAUUUGAAGCCUGUUGGACGGAAGACGACAUCCGACGCGACGGCGAAAGCCGCAGCUCUCGCUCUGCACGUACCUCCCGGUACAACCCUCCACCCGUUCUGUGCCUCGUGUGCACAGACCCUCACGGGCACCACCGUGGCCGUCACUACCGACUUGACAGCACUACUCUUUGUCGGCGAUGUGUUUUCGAUUGGACAAACCAAGUGCGUGUACACGGUGCAAGCGAUCACAGUGUCGUCGAUUACAGUGGGUCCUGGUGAAUUGUGCCCAGCCUUUACGGGCCAAGCCCUUCCGAUUUAUCGUUAUUCGAUGCGGGCGUACGUCGUUCAAGACGUCGAGCCUGGAACGCCGUUCUACGUGCGUGUCGCGGCGCAAAACGCGAUCGCAACCGGGCCGGCGACGUACAGCUACUAGGCGGCUCGCUGUAUAUAAAUAUGCAUCAUAUUCGUGUUUGACGAGACU